AAUGGGUUAAAAAACAUGCGACUGGCCGAGAAGGAAGAGCGAUCCCGGACGGCGCCCCUAAGGCCGAGUGUGAGCACAGCCAGGAUGACGACUUCAGGCGCUCUGUUCCCAAGCCUGGUGCCCGGCUCUCGGGGAUCCUCCACCAAGUAUCUGGUGGAGUUCCGGGCAGGAAAAAUGUCAUUAAAAGGAACUACGGUCACCCCAGAUAAACGGAAAGGGCUCGUGUACAUCCAGCAGACGGACGACUCCCUCAUUCACUUCUGUUGGAAAGACAGGACCUCUGGGACCGUGGAGGAUGACUUGAUCAUCUUUCCCGAUGACUGUGAGUUCAAGCGGGUACCUCAGUGCCCCAGCGGGAGGGUCUACGUGCUCAAGUUUAAGGCGGGGUCCAAGAGGCUCUUCUUUUGGAUGCAGGAGCCCACGACUGACCAAGAUGAAGAGCAUUGUCGGAAAGUCAAUGAGUGUCUGAACAACCCCCCCAUGCCUGGAGCACUGGGUGCAAGUGGGAGUGGUGGCCACGAGCUCUCGGCACUGGGCGGUGAGGGUGGCCUGCAGAGCCUGUUGGGGAACAUGAGUCAUAGCCAGCUCAUGCAGCUCAUCGGACCAGCCGGCCUUGGAGGACUGGGUGGGCUUGGAGCCCUCACUGGACCAGGCCUGGCCAGCUUGCUGGGGAGCAGCGGGCCUCCGGCAAGCAGCUCUUCGUCCAGCUCCCGGAGCCAGUCGGCAGCCGUCACCCCAUCCUCCACCACCUCUUCCGCUCGCGCCACCCCAGCCCCUUCUGCCCCAGCAGCUGCCUCGGCGACCAGCCCAAGCCCCGCACCCAGCUCAGGUAAUGGAACCAGCACAGCAGCCAGCCCGACCCAGCCCAUCCAGCUGAGCGACCUCCAGAGCUUUCUGGCCACCAUGAAUGUGCCCGCAGGGCCA